GAUGGAGAGAGUGGCCAGCCCCUUUCUUACGCCUGCAAAGACCGGAAGAAUCUUGGCUUACGCCACCCAUCCCUCCCUCUCCGGUUCUGAGACUCCGGCCUAAGGUUUCCGAAGGAUCCGGAUCAGUCAAGCUUCCCUGGGAGUUUUAGCACCAGAAACCGCCGCCAAUCCUCCUCCGCCAGGCGCGGACGGGUUGCCAGCCCGGUUUCCAAGGAUCACAUGAGCUGCUCUUGUCUUCCUAAUUGGUUCCUUCGUGGGCCGACGCCUCCGGCGGAUCGCAGCCUCGUCGCUGCUGAGGACGGACGGCCGCCGUGUAAAGCGGGGUCGACGCGCAAUGGCCGAUACCUCCGGGAGUCGGCCGCGCAUUCUCUGCCUCUUUGACGUGGAUGGGACUCUCACCCCGCCUCGGCAGAAAAUUGAGCCUGAAAUAGCAGAAUUUCUUCAAGAGCUGGGUAAAAGAGUGAUGAUUGGGGUGGUUGGAGGUUCAGACUACUCCAAAAUAGCAGAACAGCUUGGAGAAGGGGAUGAAGUCAUAAACAAGUUUGAUUACGUCUUUGCAGAAAAUGGCACUGUGCAAUACAAGAAUGGGCAACUAGUCUCAAAGCAGUCCUUUUCAUCCAGAUAUGACAAUCUGGAAAUGUCGUUGAUUUUAGUACUACUGCAGAAGGCUAUCCAGAACCAUCUUGGGGAGGAACUUUUGCAAGAGCUGAUCAACUUCUGCCUUAAUUACAUGGCACUUCUAAAGUUGCCCAAGAAGCGGGGAACAUUCAUAGAAUUUCGCAAUGGAAUGUUGAACAUCUCUCCUAUUGGUCGAAGCUGCAGUUUGGAAGAACGAAUAGAAUUUUCUGAACUGGACAAGAAAGAAAAGAUACGAGAGAAGUUUGUAGCAGCUCUGCAGAGGGAGUUUGCGGGCAAAGGACUGCGAUUUUCCCGAGGUGGUAUGAUUAGUUUUGAUGUUUUUCCGGAGGGCUGGGACAAACGCUAUUGCCUCAACAUCCUUGAGGAUGAGAAAUUCGAUGUCAUACAUUUCUUUGGAAAUGAGACAACCCCUGGUGGGAAUGAUUAUGAAAUCUAUGAUGAUCCUCGGACAGUAGGACAUAGUAUCCAUUCUCCCCAGGAGACAGUUCGGCGAUGUCGAGAAAUAUUCUUUCCAGAGACAGUGAACAAAUCUUGACUCACGGAUCUUCUGCUGCUAUUCUUGUUCACUUCAUAAAAGCACCUUUUGAAUUAUAAUCAAGGCUUGCCGAAGCCCAAGGUUGAAAUGCACUUUGGAAAUGGAGGUGAAGUGCGAAAAGGGAAAGAGAGUUAAAGUGCCAUUACCAGUUUGUAGUAAUAAGAAUCUACAGAACGCUGACUGCCAUAUUUCAUCCUCCCAGCCCCUAAAACAAAAAGUUUCGUUUUAAAGGGAGCUGGGUCCUUUUUCUAAAACUGUGAGAGAGAAGGAGAGAAAUAGAAAGGUGGUAAUCUCUUCAUAUAUUCACCCAAAUCAAUUUCUGAGAUUAAAAUAAUUGUAUUAAUAGGUUAAAGGGAAAACAAUCUGAUCUUUCAAAGUAUUUUCAUAUUCUUGAACCCUUAAGAUGGCCUGCCAUUUUUUAAAAAAGUGGAAUCAGGUUUUUUUUCAAGCUAAUAAUGAAUAAGGAAAACACCCCUAAUCUAUUACUAGCCAUGCAGAAUGCAGAGGGAGAUAGAAAGUAAACUUUGAAAGAUAGAUCCUGUUGAAAAUUAUUAGUCAUAGACAUCACCAUUCUACUCAGCUUUCAGUAUCCAUUAGAAUAUUCUUCUGUGGCUUCUGAUCUAAUAUGUGAAACCAUCUGUUUUAAAUAUGACUGGUGCUCAGGUUUAUUUUAUCAUAGAUAAUGUAUUUUUGGUCCAAUAAAAGUAGAGUUUGUGUGUUGAGGUCAACACGUCUCAGUAGCCUUGCAUAUUGCAAACUGCUCCUUCCCACAAGUAGGUCUGGGGAGCAGCCCUUGCUUUAGCUUCAGUUGUUGGAAUAUUGUUUACUUGCACUUUGUUCCCAUUGCACAAACUCUUCAAGCAGGAUUGUACUAUCACCUUAAUUAUCCAACCUAACUAUAGAAGUGCUGGCAAUAUCAUUUAGAACUAAUGAUCAGAUGAAUGGAAUAAAAAUGGGAGGUAAAUGUAUCUUUUAAAUCUGUUUGCAGAUUAUUUUGA